AUGGAAAUUAGUUGUAAUGUAUUAAACUCUGGAGAAAAUGCUAUUUUCAACUGUACCGUGUCCGGUACUCCAAUAGGCAACAUUCGAUGGUUCAAAAAUGGGGAAGUCCUUAUGCCGACGAAAAACGGAAAUAUAAAAUUGUUAGAUCCAUUAUUAUUGCAAAUUAAUGAUGUGACAAGACAUGAUAAGGGAAUGUACCAGUGCUUUGUAGAAAAUGAAAAAGAAAAUACUCAAGGAAGUGCUGAGCUGCGACUAGGAGAUCUUCUAGACAAUGAUUUUAUCGCCAUUGAUCAAAGAAUCGAGAUGAACGGCAACAAAGUGGCACAGUGGUUUUCAAAAUUGCGCGAAGAAGCUAUAAUUGCUCCGUCUAAACGGUAUGUCACCAAAGCUCACUUCAGUGAUGAUGAAUUCCAAACAAUAACAUCCAUCAACAAAAAAAAACUUUCAGAUUGUCUUCGGCUACUGCUGCUUCCUGUUGAGAAAGCUAGGGACGAAGAGAAGCAAGUUAAAAUAAAAGGAUUAACUUUGGAACUAGAGGGAAAGAUUUAUACUGCAAAACAACUAGAACAGUCGGACACUGAUACAGACUCUGGUGAGUCGAACAAUUAUUCAGAACCAUCAUCCUUGGAAGAGGAGGAGGAAGAAGUAAUCGAAGAGGAGUAUAGGAACAAGACCAAUAAAACAGAAGAGAGUCGUCCAGAAAAAGCCAAGAAAAAACGAAAGAAAAGCAAAACUCCCAGCCCAAUUGGCACUCACACCAGAUCUAAUAAAAAAAGAAGAUAA